AUGGAGAGCGUGUCAGAUCACAAACAGCCCGAGAAUCCAACGGCAUCGGCCGGGGAACAAGAGACUGCGCGUGCCCCACAGCCACCGAAGCCGAGGGCAGACGACGACGAUGAUUCGGACUUUGACGAGCUGGACGACGUCUUGGAUGACUUCUCCAAACCCAAAGCCCAGCCGCCCCCGGCACCAACCGAGCCCAUGACAACGGGGCCGACGCCACCUGAUUUCAACGAAGAUGCAUUUCUAAAGCAGCUGGAACAGGACAUGGCCAAGAUGAUGGGGCCCGGGAGCGGGGCCCCCGAUUCGCAAGGCAUGCAUGCCGCCGUGAACCAAGAGGCGGAUGCAUUCACCAAGCAGCUGGAGGAGAGCGGGAUCCCGCCGGGAGAUUUCCUGAAGCAGCUGCUUGCGGACGUAAUGGCCGAGGAGGGCGGCAACAAAGACAACAGCAGCGGUGUCCCUCCGUCCCAGCCACAGCCUUCUUCAACUUCACACCCAGCUCAGCCGCAACAGCCAGCUAGCGCCGAGGGAGAAGAACCCUCCGCGGAGUCCUUCAACGACGCCAUCCAGCGCACCAUUCACCGCAUGAAAGAAUCCGGGGACCGAGCGACAGCAGCAGCAACCUCCGAUGACGACGUCUCAGACGACAUGAUGGCGCAGCUACUCAAGGCCGUCGAGGCCGGGGCCGCGGGCGCCGGCGACGACGGCGACCUGACCAAGAUGUUCAUGGGCAUGAUGGAGCAGCUGUCCAACAAGGAGAUGCUGUACGAGCCGAUGAAGGAGCUGGACGGCAAGUUCGGGCCGUGGCUCGAGAAGAACAAGGCCGACGGCGGCGAUGCCAAUGUCUCUGCUGAGGAUAUGCAGCGCUACGAAAUCCAGGCGCGGGUCGUUAAGCAGAUUGUAGCGAAGUUUGAGGAGGAGGGGUAUUCGGAUGAGGAUCCGAAGUGUCGCGAGUAUGUGUGGCAGCGGAUGCAGGAGAUGCAAGCUGCAGGCAGCCCGCCCGAGGAACUCAUCUCGAACCCGCUUAUGGAGGAGCUGGGGUCUGCUAGCGCCGGAGGAGUCCCGGAUUGUCCGCAGCAAUAA